UAUAAGGGAGCAGUAAGGACUGGAGAGAUCUGCAACAGAUAAACACACAGACUCAUGCACACCAACUGGGUUUGCUUGUAGUCACACACGGCGAGCGUUCAGAGACUGAUGCUGUAACAUAGAGGUCCUUCUCUUGCCUUUCUCAUUUUAACUGGCUUGAUGUCAUCUAUCAUUUCAGUGGAAUACAGCCGUCGAGAGGGAGAGAGGGAGGCAGGUGCGCCCUUUAAGAGGGGGAGCGGUUGAGGCAAGGACAGCAUCCGAGUCGCCAUCCUCUCUGGAGAUAGGACGCAAUGUUCGGCAGUAAUCAAAGGCCCAAACCUGUCUGAGAGAGCCCUAUGAACAGCAGAUCCAAUGGACAUCAAAGGCCAGUGUUGGACAGAUGAGGAGUCGGAUGGGGAGAACGAACCUGAACAGUUCCUUUACGGCAUUCAGUGCUGCUUGUUGCAGGGGAGCUGUGCUGCUGACCUGUACCGCCACCCUCAACUAGAUGCAGACAUUGAGGCUGUCAAAGACAUCUACACUGACAGUGCCGUUUCUGUCAGGGAGUAUGGGACCAUUGAUGACGUGGACAUCGAUCUUCAUAUUAACAUUGGUUUCUUAGACGAGGAGGUUGCGACAGCUUGGAAAGUCAUCAGAACAGAGCCAAUUAUACUGAGACUGCGCUUUUCCCUUUCUCAGUACCUCGAUGGACCUGAGCCAUCAGUAGAAGUGUUCCAGCCUUCAAAUAAAGAAGGCUUCAGCCUCGGCCUCCAACUAAAAAAGAUCCUGAGUACGUUCACGUCCCAGCAGUGGAAGCACCUCAGUAAUGAGUUCCUCAAGGCCCAGCAGGAGAAAAGGCACAGCUGGUUCAAAGCCGGUGGGACCAUCAAGAAGUUCCGCGCUGGGCUCAGCAUUUUCUCCCCCAUCCCCAAGUCUCCAAGUUUUCCUUUGAUCCAAGACACCGUUUUAAAAGGGAAGCUGAGCGUCCCUGAGCUGAGAGUCACGCGCCUGAUGAACCGCUCAAUCUCAUGCACCAUGAAGAACCCUAAAGGAGAACUGUUCAGCUACCCACCGAACAGCCAGACUGUGGCUGUCCCGGCGGCCAGGGCCCCAGCGCAGAUUACCACGAGGCAGCUGAUUGAAUUGUUUUUCUCAUCCCAGGCGGGCGGCCACUGCAAGAACAUCCCUACCUUGGAGUACGGCUUCUUAGUGCAGAUAAUGAAGUACUCGGAACAGAGGAUUCCCACGCUUAACGAGUACUGCGUGGUCUGCGACGAACAGCACGUCUUUCAGAAUGGAUCCAUGCUGAAGCCUGCUGUGUGCACCAGGGAGCUGUGUGUGUUCUCCUUCUACACUCUGGGUGUGAUGUCCGGAGCUGCGGAGGAAGUGGCCACCGGAGCGGAGGUGGUGGACCUGCUUGUAGCGAUGUGCAGAGCUGCUCUGGAGUCUCCCCGUAAGAGCAUCAUCUUUGAGCCCUACCCAUCAGUCGUUGACCCCAAUGACCCCAAGACUCUCGCGUUCAACCCGAAGAAGAAGAAUUAUGAACGGCUGCAGAAGGCGCUGGAUAGCGUCAUGUCCAUCCGCGAAAUGACACAGGGUUCAUACCUGGAGAUAAAGAAACAGAUGGACAAGCUGGACCCUUUGGCCCAUCCCCUGCUACAGUGGAUCAUUUCCAGUAACAGGUCUCAUAUUGUCAAGUUGCCUCUCAGUAGGCAAUUGAAAUUCAUGCACACCUCCCACCAGUUCCUGUUGCUCAGCAGCCCCCCAGCCAAGGAAGCUCGUUUUCGCACUGCCAAGAAGCUUUACGGCAGCACCUUUGCCUUCCAUGGUUCCCAUAUAGAGAACUGGCACUCUGUGCUGAGGAAUGGACUAGUCAAUGCCUCUUACACCAAACUACAGCUGCACGGGGCAGCGUAUGGAAAGGGCAUCUAUCUGAGCCCCAUCUCCAGCAUAUCUUUUGGAUACUCAGGAAUGGGGAAAGGACAGCACCGUAUGCCCACCAAAGACGAACUAGUGCAGCGUUACAACCGCAUGAACACCAUACCGCAGAGCCGUCCAAUACAAUCGAGGUUUCUUCAAAGUCGGAACUUGAAUUGCAUCGCUCUUUGUGAAGUUAUUACAUCUAAGGAUCUGCAGAAACAUGGUAACAUAUGGGUGUGUCCGGUAUCCGACCAUGUCUGUACGCGCUUCUUUUUUGUGUAUGAAGAUGGCCAAGUAGGAGACGCCAACAUCAAUACCCAAGAGCCUAAGGUGCAGAAGGAGAUAAUGCGUGUGAUUGGGACGCAGAUCUACUCCAGCUAAUGGACGUUCACCAGCAGGAGACACGCACACAGACAGACAGUUGAAGUGAUCAUCUGCAUGAGCUGUCCUCAGACUCCACACCGAAGGACGAGGGAGCUCUUGACCCCAUCACUUCCAAUAUGGUUUCGUUCCGGUCUUAUCCGUUUCCACGUUCUCACCUGUUCCUCUUCUCUGAAUCUCUCCCUGUUACACGUUCAUUUGACCCUGGGUUCCGUUUAGGCUGGACAGAGUCGGCUUUUUCUCAGCUCUUGGCAUUCACGGGAUUUUCAGACUGCUAAUGAAGAAAAAAAAAAGGAGUCAUCGCAUCCACUCUCUCUCUCUCUGUCUCUCUCUCGCACGCUCACUCAUGCGUUGCCUAGGAGCUCUCCUUUUUGCUGUGUUUACUUUUACUGAGUCAUUUGACAAAUGAUCGCCGUGUACUAUUUCUCUUAAUGAACAUAUAGUAAACCAAUUAUUCAAAAUGAUAUCUGUUUGUGAAGGAUAGGUUGCAGAUUUAUGCACACACACAGACACACACACACACACACACACACAGCCUUCUACUACUUUAUUGUUCUUGCAAAGUCAUCAUCUCUCAUCAGCUGAAUCAAUAUUCUUUGAUUAAUGACAAGAAUUAAGCCCUGUGACAUGGUUACUGGAGGCAUUACUCUCUGUGGAUUUGUCCUUGUCUAUUGACUGCAGAAAGGUGUGGAUGGAGCUUAACCUACUUACGCUAUAAGCACGUUCUUAUUGAUAACAUUAUUUAAAAUCCCAGCGUAUCAUCAUAAUGAUCGGUACUUGCAGGAUGAAGACACUUUUGAAUUAUGGAGCAGUUUUAAAACCUGCAAUCCCCAAAUGUCCUGUGGGCUUUUUAUUCCCCAGAAAACUCUGACUGGGCUAAAGCAUAAUGUUGCAGGUUACAUAAGAAUAAGGGUCGACAACUAAAGUUCUUUAAAGACCCAUUUAGUGAAUAUGUAACCUUUAUAAAUGUUAUGAAAUUGAAGCCUGUAAUGUUAAAGGGCUGGCAUUACAGUGCAACUGAUCCCACUGAGGAGUAACAUGAAGCUUUUACACUAUUGUUAUACUUUUUAGCCUUCAUUCUGCAAUUAUGAUGAAAAAAAUACAUAUAUUUUUUGAUUUUUCAGCUCUUUGAAUGUUUUGUGUUUGCCCCGGUGUUGUAUACUUAUGGGACCUUGUUAUAAUGUUCUAACAAAACCGUUGUCAUGAGACUGAGAUGCCAUGAUGUGAGAUAUGUGAGAUGCUUUCCAGAAGAAACCUGUCAAACUUGGGCUGCCGGGUUCACUAACAGCACUAUGAACACACACUCACACACACUCACACACACAUAUAUGUAGGUGAAAUAUCACAAAUGACUACCCUCCCACUCAACAAUAUAAACAAGACGAAACUAUUGGAUUAUAUUCAGUGUCAUCAUCAUGUGCCAUCACAUGAAUAAUUUAUUUCAAAAAGAGCCUCUUUAUGUGUGAACUACGCAGGCAACUGUUUUCACAAAACAAUCUCCACUGUACAGGAAAUUGUGGACAGUUUUUCUAUUUACAGGCAUUAUCCAGCCCGGAUGAGCUCACCUCCCUCUCGCCCCUAAUGUAACUGACUGGGCAUCACUGAGGUGCAGUAAUAUGCAACGCUCUUGCUUCACCUCCGAGACUCACAACCUUGUAUAGCUAAUCAUGUUAUCAGUUAUUCAUGUACUGUUUGUUUGUAUGUAUGUAUGUGUGUGUGGCUUUGAAUUUCCUUGACAUUAUAAUAGACAUUGCACCUAUACAACCUUUUGCUGAAAGUGGAGAUAUUGACUUGUCCUUGGAUCUAAACUGACAAGACGGCCAUGUGUGUAUGUCGGUUAUACAACUGGCUCUCACAGUCUCGUGGAAAUGGACUUCGGAGUACGGAGUGGGCAGUGAGACACCGAGGCACUGAGAAGAAAUCUUAAUUGUAAAACAAAGUCAUUGGAGACCUUUGUUGAGAUGUAUUACCAAGAAAGAGAUGGACACAAAAUAGAUGUGCCAGUGACCCAUACCGUUGCUGGACUCUGCUAAUGGCUGGAUGUCUGUUCCUGCAAAGAGGUUUGAGCUGUGACUCUUUGAGGAUCCAUUCUCUCCCUGUCUGUCUCUGCCUGAGUGAUGUCUUCAGAGAGGAUGUUGACGACAAUGAUGGUGAUUACGAUGACAAUGAAUGGCGGCGAUGCGAGAGAAAAAAAAAGAAUAAAGGCCUGAUUU